ACUCUGACGGCCAGAGCUCUGAUUCUAACGGCCAGAGCUCUGACUCUGAGCGCCAGAGCUCUGACUCUGACGCCAGAGCUCUGACUCUGACCACUAGAGAUCUGACUCUGACCGGCAGAGCUCCGACUCUGACCACCAGAGCUUUGAAUCUGACGGCCAAAGCUCUGCCUCUGACUGCCAGAGCUCUGACUCUGACCGCCAGAGCUCGGACUCUGACCGCCGGAGGUCUGACUCUGACCGCCAGAGCUCUGAAUCUGACGGCCAGAGCUCUGCCUGUGACCGCCAGAGCUCUGACUCUGACUGCCAGAGCUCUGAGUCUGACGGCCAGAGCUCUGCCUCUGACUGCCAGAGCUCUGACUCUGUCCGCCAGAGGUCUGACUCUGACCGCCAGAGAUCUGACUCUGACCGCCAGAGCUCGGACUCUGACCGCCGGAGGUCUGACUCUGACCGCCAGAGCUCUGAAUCUGACGGCCAGAGCUCUGCCUGUGACCGCCAGAGCUCUGACUCUGACUGCCAGAGCUCUGAGUCUGACGGCCAGAGCUCUGCCUCUGACUGCCAGAGCUCUGACUCUGUCCGCCAGAGGUCUGACUUUGACCGCCAGAGAUCUGAGUCUGACCGCCAGAGCCCUGACUCUGACAGCGAGAGCUCUGACUCUAACGGCCAGAGCUCUGACUCUGACCGCCAGAGCUCUGACUCCGACGCCAGAGCCCUGAGUCUGACCACCAGAGCUCUAACUCGGACCGCCAGAGCUCUGACUCUGACCGCCAGAGCUCGGACGCUGACCGCCGGAGCUCUGAAUCUGACAGCCAGAUUUCUGACUCUGACCGCCAGAGCUCUGCCUCUGACCGCCAGACCUCUGACGGCCUCUGACGGCCUCUGACCGCCAGACCUCUGACGACCUCUGACUCUGCCUCUGAUCGCCAGAGCUCUGCCUCUGACCGCCAGACCUCUGACUCUGACCGCCAGAGCUCUGACGGCCAGAGCUCUGACUCUGACGCCAAAUCUCUGACACUGUCCGCCAGAGGUCUGAUUCUGACAGCCAGAGCUCUGACUCUGUCUGCCAGAGCUCUGACUCUGACCGCCAGAGCUCUGCCUCUGACCGCCAGAGCUCUGCCUCUGACCGUCAGAGCUCUGACUCUGACGGCCAGAGCUCUGACUCUGACGGCCAGAGCUCUGACUCUAACCGCCAGAGCUCGGAUUCUGACGUCCAGAGCUCUGACUCUGACCACCAGAGCUCUGACUCUGACGGCCAGAGCUCUGACUCUAACCGCGAGAGCUCUGAUUCUAACGGCCAGAGCUCUGACUCUUACCGCCAGAGCUCUAACUCUGACCGCCAGAGCUCUGACUCUGACGGCCAGAGCUCUGACUUUGACCACCAGAGCUCUGAUUCUGACGGCCAGAGCUCUGACUCUGACAGCCAGAGCUCUGACCCUGACCACCAGAGCUCUGCCACGGACCACCAGAGCUCUGUCUCUGACCGCCAGAGCUCUGACUCUGACGGCCAGAGCUCUGACUCUGACGGCCAGAUGUCUGACUCUAACCGCCAGAGCUCGGAUUCUGACGGCCAGAGCUCUGACUCUGACGGCCAGAGCUCUGACUCUGACGCCAGAGCGCUGAUUGUGACGGCAGAGCUCUGACUCUGACCGCCAUAGCUCUGAAUCUGACGGCCAGAGCUCUGAAUCUGACCGCCAGAGCUCUGAUUUUGCAGCCAGAGCUCUGACUCUGACUACCAGAGCCCUGACUUUGACCACCAGAGCUCUGACUCUAAUCGCCAGAGCUCUGACUCUAAUCGCCAGAGCUCUGAAUCUGACCACCAGAGCUCUGUCUCUGACGGCCAGAGCUCUGACUCUGACGGCCAGAGCUCUGACUCUGACGCCAGAGCGCUGAUUCUGACGGCAGAGCUCUGACUCUGACCGCCAUAGCUCUGAAUCUGACGGCCAGAGCUCUGAAUCUGACCGCCAGAGCUCUGAUUUUGCAGCCAGAGCUCUGACUCUGACUACCAGAGCCCUGACUUUGACCACCAGAGCUCUGACUCUAAUCGCCAGAGCUCUGACUCUAAUCGCCAGAGCUCUGACUCUGACCGCUAGAGCUCUGACUCUGACGGACAGAGCUCUGACUCUAACCGCCUGAGCUCUGACUCUGACCGCUAGAGCUCUGACUCUGACGGCCAGAGCUCUGAAUCUGACCUCCAGAGCUCUGCCUCUGACCGCCAGAGCUCUGACUCUGACCGCCAGAGCUCUGACUCUGACUACCAGAGCUCUGACUUUGACAACCAGAGCUCUGACUCUAACCGCCUGAGCUCUGACUCUGACCGCUAGAGCUCUGACUUUGACGGCCAGAGCUCUGCCCCUGACCGCCAGUGCUCUGAUUUUGACGGCCAGAGCUCCGACUCUGACCAUCAGAGCCCUGAAUCUGAUCGCCAGAGCUCUGCCUCUGACCGCCAGAGCUCUGCCUCUGACCGCCAGAGCUCUCACUCUGAUGGCCAGAGCUCUGACUCUGAAGCCAAAUCUCUGACUCUGACCGCCAGAGCUCUGCCUCCGACCGCCAGAGCUCUGAUUUUGACGGUCAGAACUCUGACUCUGACCGCCAGAGCUCUCAAUCUGACCGCCAGAGCUCUGCCUCUGACCUUCAGAGCUCUGUCUCUGACCGCCAGAGCUCUGACUCUGACGGCCAGAGCUCUGACUCUGACUGCCAGAGCUCUGACUCUAACCGCCAGAGCUCUGAUUCUGACUGUCAGAGCUCUGACUCUGACCGCCAUAGCUCUGCCUCUGACCGCCAGAGCUCUGAUUUUGCAGCCAGAGCUCUGACUCUGACCGCCAGAGCUCUGACUCUGACCGCCAGAGCUCUGACUCUGACUACCAGAGCUCUGACUUUGACCACCAGAUCUCUGACUCUAUCCGCCAGAGCUCUGCCCUUGAGCGCCAUAGCUCUGAAUCUGACGGCCAGAGCUCUGAAUCUGACCGCCAGAGCUCUGCCUCUGACCGUCAGAGCUCUGAUUUUGCAGCCAGAGCUCUGACUCUGACCGCCAGAGCUCUGACUUUGACCACCAGAGCUCUGACUCUAACCGCCAGAGCUCUGCCUCUGACCGCCAGAGCUCUGCCUCUGAUCGCCAGAGCUUUGACUCUGACGGCCAGAGCUCUGACUCUGAUGGCCAGAGCUCGGACUCUAACCGCCAGAGCUCGGAUUCUGACGGUCAGAGCUCUGACUCUGACGGCCAGAGCUCUGACCCUGACGUCAGAGCUCUGACUCUGACCGCCAUAGCUCUGAAUCUGACGGCCAGAGCUGUGAAUCUGACCACCAGUGCUCUGCCUCUGACCGCCAGAGCUCUGAUUUUGCAGCUGGAGCUCUGACUCUGACCGCCCGAGCUCUGACUCUGACUACCAGAGCUAUGACUUUGACCACCAGAGCUCUGACUCUAACCGCCUGAGCUCUGACACUGACCGCUAGAGCUCUUACUCUGACGGCCAGAGCUCUGACUUUGACGGCCAUAGCUCUGACUCUGAUGGGCAGAGCUCUGCCCCUGACCGCCAGAGCUCUGAUUUUGACGGCCAGAGCUCCGACUCUGACCACCAGAGCCCUGAAUCUGACCGCUAGAUUUCUGACUCUGAC